CGAUGGCGCUAGGUGAGCCAGGCCUCGCCCCUCGCGGUCGCCCAUUCUGUCCCGCACACACCAAGAGCAGCAACAGAUAGCGAGAAUGGUGGACCCAAUGACGAAGCACCUCGUCGAGCGCAUCAUUGCCGAUGUUGAGAUUUUGCGCCAGGGUGGACACCUCCAAGCGCAUCAGGUCGAAAGCAUCACUCUGGAAUUGAAGCCAAUCAUUGCUGCACCUCGAGGCGUUCCCUUGCCUGCUGCCUUGCCCCCUCGCUCGACGAAGCCGACGGCCGUGCCCAGACCGCCUAGCCCCCCACCGCAGCAGGACCUCUGCCGGGCCAUUUGGCCGUACAGCGCCACGGACACGGACGAGCUCGAAUUUGCCGAGAACGACACCAUCGUGAUUGUCGAGCGUGUCUCCGACGGCUGGUGGAAGGGCUACGUCGUCGAUGCGGCCGACCAGGAGCCGAAGCUGGUGCCGAGCAACUACUGCGAAGAGAUUCAAGCGCAGACCCAGAGCAGCAGCUACAAGCCGCCGAUUCCCAAACGCAACAGCGUUACUGCCUCCAAUGGGAGGACCUUGCCGCCAGCGUACAAUGCUGCAUCACAGCAGCCACGCCAGCAGCAGUUCUCGAGCCUGGGACCAGGCAAGUGGCAGCCGGGCAGGGCGAGGUGGACUUCGGGAAGCGCCGCAGACAAUGCCGAAAAGGAGGAGAAGCUGCAGUCGCCGCCUCCUCCUCCGGCAUCCUCUUCGUCGUAUGCUGGUGGAUCGAAUUACACGCCGCUGCCCAACACGGGCCAGCAGCCUGUGCUGACGCCCCAGGAGGAGCAGGCCAAGAAGGAAGGCAGGGACAAGUUCAAGAAGGAAAUGGGUCACACUGCCGCCAGGGGAUUUGCGACGGGCGUCGGUUUCGGAUUGGCGAGGAGGAUCAUUUGAUCAGACUUGGCUUUGACUGAACUUUGGCGAUCUUCUUAGCUUCUUAGAAGUCCAAGUUUCUAUGCCUGAAUUACCAUGACA